CGGGCUCACGGCAACGCACGAGGAACAAAUAGAGGACGCUCGACUGCGGUCAACCCCAGUGUCACCAAGACCUGCUAGCCGUCGAACAUUUCGAAUUCAUCCGUUUGGAAGGGGUUCGGGGUUGGGUAUAUAACAUCCUUCACCAAGACGACACUUAAUUAGGAAAGCCAAAAUGAGGUUACUGUGGGGGUUUGUAACCCUGUCGUUGUGUGUUUACCACACCGUCGCUGCGACAGAUCCGCAAAUCACGGCUACCCCAGGUGAUGAGGUAUUCCCUGGUAACGAAACCAGUGUAACCCUUGGCUGCAGCAUCACCGAUGCACCCUCUCCCAUCAAGGGCAGCUACUGGACCAAGAAUGGAGAGAAGAUCAAGAACACUGAGACUGAGGGUGCUGAUGCCACCACCGAGUACAGUAUUGAUAAGAUCACCAACACUGCCGGAGGAAAGUAUGCUUGCGUCUUUGACACACAGCCCCAAUCUAUCAAAGAGAUUGAAGUAAAAACGCCAACCCACGUGAAGCCCUACAAGGAGUCCGAGCAUGGCAACGAGAACGACAAGGGUGUUCUGACCUGCGUGAGCCACGGCUACCCCCUGCCCUUGGACUGGUUCUGGUUCAAGGUUACUGGGGAUAGCGAAGUGGCGAUCAUCAACGGCACGGAGAAGUAUGAGAUCAAGAGCACGCCGGAGCGCACCAUCCUGUACGUGAAGGCCCUGGACAUGACCGCCGACAUGGGUGACUACGUGUGCAAGGGCGACAACGGGCUGGGCAUGGCCACGGGCCAGAUCCACCUGCGCGUGCGCAGCCGGCUGGCCGCCCUCUGGCCCUUCCUGGGCAUCGUGGCCGAGGUCAUCGUGCUCAUCGCCGUCAUCUUCAUCUACGAGAAGAAGAGAAAGCCCGACGAGGUCACCGACGAUGACGACUCAGGAUCUGCUCCACUGAAGAGCAAUUCUGCCACCAACCACAAGGACAAGAAUGUCCGGCAAAGGAACUCCAACUGAGCACCACUAGAGAGGUGAGGGCAGAGGAUUCCUUAUGACUACUAUACAAGAGUUUUCAAGAGGAGCGUUGAAUUGCUGAGUACCACACAAUCUAGUGCACAGUGCAAUUUUAUUUUAUUUUUUUAAACCUUUUUGUUUUUGUUCCUUCCACUUUUUUUUGUUUGCUUGAGUGUAAACUUGUAGAGAUGAUAAUUUGGGCUCCUCUAGCUGUUUGUAAAGAAACAAAAGCUAUAUAAUAUUUGUGUGUAUUACUCCAACCCAUUGUGCUGCCAGCGAACCUGUAUGAAGGCCUCGGAUGGGUGUUUGCAUGUUUUGCGGUAAUCAAAAGUGUGCUCAUACUUGGUGACAAACCAUUUGUAAAUGUGGGAAUGAUAAAUAGUUGGUUGGUUAAUUUCCCCCCUCCCCCAUUUUUCCCCUUCCUGGUUUAUUAGCUUUCCCCUCGCAUCUCUGAUUUUUUUUGUGGGAAAGCAGGAAGUGGAAAGGCCUCUGGCUGAAGUCCAGCGUGACGGUAUUUGUAACAUCUGAUGUGCAUACUCACUGCACUCAUUUUUGAGUCGCGGGCAGAGUAGAGGCCACUCAGUCUCUUUUUUUAAUCCAUCAGUCAUCUCUUCUUUUCCUUCUGUUUUUUUAAUUUAAGCCUUAAAUACUAGUCCAUGACGUUUUAUAUAUGCUCCGUUCACUUGUAGGUGUAAUGCUGUUUAAUGAAGUGUUAAGUCUUGCACUCACUUUUUAAAUGCAAUACCCAGAACCACAUGCUGCAUGUGACUGCACGAUUCGAAACUUUUUUUUUUUAGUGACCGAGUGUCCGCGUUGCUUUUUAUUUUCUUUCUUUUAUGCAUAUUUUAAUUAAGGUUUUAAGUAAUUGAGUAACACGUGAAAAUACUUUUUCAGUAGACUUUAAAACUUUGCUCUUUGAGUUUACAUCCACCGAAGUCUCUCUUGGGAAUUCUGUAGAUGUGAGGACCAAGAUCAAGGAAAGGACCAAGAUAAACUAAUUGUGCCAUUUUCUUUUCACUGUUCUGGGUAGGUGGUGAUGAAACGUUUGACCGUACACAUACUUUUAACUUUACACUUUAUGUUGUAUUUUAUUCUGGAUUGCAUCAAUGAAAUUAGCUUUUGAAAAUUAAUCUGUUCAAUCAUUGCAAGGUUUUUUUUUUGUUUGUCCCUCCUUGUACCCGUUCAGAAGCCAUACUUUCAAUCACCCUUUGAAAAAUGCAUCUGCGGCUGGGUGUGUAUUAAUACUUUUUUUUCGUUUUUUAAAUCAUGGCUACAAUGAAGAAACAAAACCCUUAAGAAUUGUAAUUUAUUUUGCGUAAGCAACAGCAAGCAAAGAACUAACACUGUCAAACUGUACUGACUGGCACAGUUUCAAUAAACCUAUUUGAUUGGAAA